AUGGGAACAGAGGAAUGGACAGUUGUUUUGGCUCGUUCUGGUAGAAAGAAAAGGGGUUUUCAAAAGAUGAUUAUUCCACCCAAAAUGCUUGAACCUGCCAAGCCUUGGGCUCCUGAAAAUUCUGAAAAUGAUCCUGAAAGGGAGUUGAAAUUGAUGGGGAAGAUGCAUACUUAUGUUGAGUCCCUCCAGAGCUCCCAAUUUUACCAAGCCUUCAUGGAUCAAAUCCAAAGGAGUGAAAUGUCUGAUCUUAUAGGUAAGGUUUUGGUGUCAGAAGAGAAAAUGUCGAUGGUCGUUUAUGGUAUAGGCAGCAUUGAAUCGUAUGAACCGCCUCGUUUACAACUUGGCCUAGCUAUAUUGAUGAAAAAGAACUUGUCUUGGAUUGGAGACGUGGAGGUGUUUGAUCCGGUUAUUUCUUCUGUCGAAUCAAAAGUUCUGUCUGCAUUCGGCUUUUCUGUUCUAUCCAUCAAUGAAGAGGGUCAGCGUCAAGCUUCAAAACCGACAUUCUUCUUCAUGCCUCACUGUGAAGCUGUGUUGUAUAAUAAUCUAUUGCGAGCCAAUUGGGAAGUAAAUCGCCUGAAUCAGAUUGUAUUGUUGGGAAAUAGUUUCAAUGGGUACGAGCAAGUGGUUUCAACUUCCAUGCUUUCAGUUCGAGAGGAAACACAUGGCCAUAUCUUUGCCGUCAGGAGUUUCACUAAAGAGUUCCCUGUUAAUACAGUGUCAGAUGACUAUUUUCGUGCAUUCCAUACUUCUAGUUGGCACUUUUUCAAUGUUGAAUCAGAUGCAGACUUACAAUUGCUUAAACUCUGA